UCCCAGAAGAGGUGUUAGAUACAAAAGAGAACAGUAUAGAACCUGACUUACUCCUAAUGUAAAUCCUGCACCAGGAUGGAAGGAGAUUCUUACCACAAUGCAACUACUGUCAAUGGCACCCCAGUGAAUCACCAGCCUUUGGAACGCCAUGGGUUGUGGGAAGUCAUCACCAUUGCAGCUGUGACUGCUGUGGUCAGCCUGAUCACCACUGUGGGCAACGUCUUAGUCAUGAUCUCCUUCAAAGUCAAUAGUCAGCUGAAGACGGUUAACAACUAUUACCUGCUCAGCUUAGCCUGCGCAGAUCUCAUCAUUGGGGUCUUCUCCAUGAAUCUCUAUACCACCUACAUCCUCAUGGGACGCUGGGCUCUCGGGAGUCUGGCCUGUGACCUUUGGCUGGCACUGGACUACGUGGCCAGCAACGCUUCCGUCAUGAACCUUCUGGUGAUCAGUUUUGACCGUUACUUUUCCAUCACAAGACCCCUGACGUAUCGGGCCAAGCGUACCCCAAAGAGGGCUGGCAUCAUGAUUGGCUUGGCCUGGCUGAUCUCCUUCAUCCUCUGGGCCCCAGCGAUCCUCUGCUGGCAGUACUUGGUGGGGGAGCGAACGGUGCCUGCAGAUGAGUGCCAGAUCCAGUUCCUCUCGGAGCCCACCAUCACUUUCGGCACCGCCAUUGCUGCCUUCUACAUUCCUGUUUCCGUCAUGACCAUUCUCUACUGCCGAAUCUACCGGGAAACAGAGAAGCGGACCAAGGACCUUGCUGACCUCCAGGGCUCUGACUCUGUAGCUGAAACUGAGAAGAGAAAGCCAGCUCACAAGGCUCUGCUCAGCUGCUUUGGCUGCCCGCGGCCCACGCUGGCCCAGAGGGAACGGAGCCACGCUUCCUGGUCAUCCUCCCGCAGGAGCACCCCUGGGAAGCCGUCCCAAGCCUCCGGCCCAAGCACUGAGUGGGACAAAGCUGAGCAGCUCACUACCUGCAGCAGCUGCCCCUCCUCAGAGGAUGAGGACAAGCCCACCGCUGACCCUGUCUUCCAGGUGGUCUACAAGAGUCAGGCCAAGGAAAGCCCACAGGAAGACUUCAGUACUGAAGAGACCAAGGAAACUUUUGCGAAAGGUCAAGCUGAAAAAAAUGACUACGACACCCCAAAAUACUUCCUGUCUCCAGCAGCUGCUCAUAGACCCAAGAGUCAGAAAUGUGUGGCCUACAAGUUCCGAUUGGUGGUGAAAGCAGACGGGACCCAGGAGACCAACAACGGCUGUCGCAAGGUGAAAAUCAUGCCCUGCUCCUCCCCAGUGUCCAAGGACCCUUCCACGAAAGGCCUGGAUCCCAACCUCAGCCACCAAAUAACCAAACGAAAGAGAAUGGUCCUUGUCAAAGAGAGGAAAGCAGCCCAGACCUUGAGUGCCAUCCUCCUGGCCUUCAUCAUCACGUGGACCCCUUAUAAUAUCAUGGUCCUGGUUUCCACCUUCUGUGACAAGUGCGUCCCCGUCACCCUGUGGCACUUGGGCUACUGGUUGUGCUACGUCAACAGCACUGUCAACCCCAUUUGCUAUGCCCUCUGCAACAGAACCUUCCGGAAGACCUUUAAGAUGCUGCUUCUCUGCCGAUGGAAAAAGAAAAAAGUGGAAGAGAAAUUGUUCUGGCAGGGGAACAGCAAGCUCCCCUGAAAAGUUAAUAACUCCCCUCAAAAGAAUGACCAUCAUCCACUUCCCGAUUCCGGUUUGUUGAUGUUCAAAAAAGACAUCUGUCACUUCGAGUCCCUGAGAACUUUGUAAAGGCUUGAGGUCUGUGGCCCAAAGAAAGGAGUCACACCUGCCACAGUUGCUGCCCAUUGAAUUAUUCCUGUCUGUGACUAAGGUUGCCUGAUGUCACAGGUGUUUGCCAUUGAAGUGAAUGGGCUUGUGGCUUCACAGGCGGGAGGCAUGCUGGGUCACGGUGGACAGUGACUGAGGGGACCUUUGUCUAACCUUCUGUGGGGAACAGCAGGGACCGGUUGGAAACGUCUCCCCUGUGGAAACAUGUCAUAGACUUUUGUGCAGUGUGUAUGUGUCUAUGAAGUUGUCUUGUGUCAGUGAGAACCAGGG